UUCCACACACUUCCCAACCCAUCACCCUCCCUUCCCCAGCUUCCCCUCUCCCCUUCCGAUCCCUCCUCACCGCCGCGCCGCCGCUUCCCCUCCUCCGACGACGAGACCCGCCGGCCAUGGCGCUCCAUCUCACCGCCGCCCCGACCAUUGCCCCCUCCGCGGCCGCCGCCUGCAGGUCGCUGGCGCCGAUGCCGCCUCUCCCCGCCGUUUCGUGCUCGAGUAGGUGGUGGAGGGGGAGGCGGCGGUGUGUCGCGGUGGUGGCCAUGGCGGCGGCGGCGGCGGCGGACGGGGAGAGGCCGCAUGGGCACGCGGCGGAGGCUGGCACUGGGAGGAUGAACCUCAACGAGUACAUGGUCGCCGUCGACCGCCCGCUCGGCGUCCGCUUCGCGCUCGCCGUCGACGGACGCGUCUUCGUCCACUCCCUCAAGAAAGGGGGGAAUGCGGAGAAAUCACGGAUUAUCAUGGUAGGGGACACUCUGAAGAAGGCUGGCAGUCGUGAGGGCGUGGGUUUUGUUGACAUCAGAGACCUAGGUGACACGGAGUAUGGAACUAAAUGGUGUUGAAGGAAACGUCAGGGCCAUGCGAUCUUGUCCUUGAGAGGCCAUUUGCUCCUUUCCCGAUACAUCAGUUGCAUCAAAAUGAAGAUUAUCAUCUCCUAUUUAACAAGGGUAGGGUUCCUCUUACUAGCUGGAACGGUGCUCUAUUAUCAUCAAAGCUGAAUGAAUCAUCUGAGGGGAACGGAAAUCCUGGAUUUGCCAUAUUCUCGCCAAGGCUGCUAAAUUCACAUGGAUGGGCAGUUUUGUCUAGUGAGCAAGAUGGACUUAAUCAGCGCAGUACUAGCCUUGCAAAUCGUAUAAGUGAGAUUGUUGGUUUGUACUCUGAUGAGGAUGAUGCAGAUACUGAAUGGGCACAUGGUAGCUUUCCUUUGGAGGAGUACAUUAAAGCACUAGACCGUGCUAAAGGUGAACUGUACUACAAUCAUUCACUUGGUAUGCAAUACAGCAAGAUUACAGAACAAAUAUUUGUUGGAUCAUGCCUACAAACAGAAAGAGAUGUGAAAAUGCUAUCAGAGACUAUGGGUAUCACUGCUGUUCUGAAUUUUCAAAGUGAAAGUGAGCGCACCAAUUGGGGAAUCAAUUCAGAGGCAAUCAACAAUUCUUGUCGCGAGAACAACAUUUUGAUGGUUAACUACCCUAUACGAGAGGUUGAUUCAAUGGACCUGAGGAAGAAGCUUUCUUUCUGUGUUGGUCUUCUACUGCGGCUUAUAAGGAAGAACUACCGCAUAUAUGUGACUUGUACCACUGGAUAUGAUAGAUCACCAGCAUGUGUGAUUGCAUAUCUACAUUGGGUGCAGGAUACGCCUCUCCAUAUUGCUCACAAGUUCAUCACUGGUUUGCACUCCUGUAGACCUGACAGAGCUGCAAUUGUGUGGGCAACAUGGGAUCUCAUUGCACUAGUUGAAAACGGAAGACAUGAUGGUACUCCCACACAUUCAGUAUGCUUUGUUUGGAACAGUGGUCGGGAGGGUGAGGAUGUGGAAUUGGUGGGGGAUUUUACAAGUAACUGGAAAGACAAAGUAAAGUGUGACCACAAAGGUGGGUCAAGAUAUGAAGCUGAAAUUCGACUUCGACAUGGGAAGUACUAUUACAAAUUCAUAGCAGGGGGCCAGUGGAGGCACUCGACUUCAUUGCCAACAGAGACUGAUGAACAUGGGAAUGUCAACAAUGUUAUCAGGGUUGGUGACAUCGCUCGUAUUCGGCCUGCUCCCAGCCAACUGCAGAUAAGGGACCCAACUGUUGUCAAGGUCAUAGAGAGGGCACUAACUGAGGACGAGCGAUUCUUACUGGCCUUCGCUGCACGCCGCAUGGCAUUUGCAAUCUGCCCAAUCAGAUUGUCUCCCAAGCAAUGAACACAUCAUAAUACCUACUGAGAUGAACUGCAGCGAAAAUUUCAGCCCUUUCAAGACGAACUGAGGCGCGGUAUAUCGAUGUUCCUUCCCUUACAUAGCAAAACUCAUGUAACAUUGGGACAUUCGGGGCACCACCUGCCUGUUCAAAUCAACUGGACAUUGCUAGAGAGGGGUUGUGGACAUUGCUCAGCAGUUCAUCACAGUGCAUACAACUUGUGUAACAGUGUAACUCUAUGAACUGUAAUAUGAGAUAAACUUCAUUUUGGUCUAUGCUGACACACUUCAGAAUCAGAAUCUCAGGUGCGAGAGACCAUCAUAAGCUCUGCCAUUGAUGUCAAGCUCUCAUGGAAUGGGUGAGAUGACAACUUUCCCGGUGGCUCUCCCUGUCUCGAG